CAGGAUGCAAGAGAAAAAGCCAGAGUACACCCAGCCUUUGCCAACGCAGGCCAACGAGCUGGUGUUGAAGUGUGGAGAAUCAAUAACUUCGAACCAACUGUCGUCUCUCAGAAUGAUUUCGGAAAGUUCUACAAGGGCGAUUCAUACAUCAUUUUGAAGACUACAGCAGAUAAGAAAAACAAUUUAUCGUGGGAUAUCCACUACUGGAUCGGGAGCCAGGCGACUCAAGACGAAUUUGGUGCUGCUGCCAUCUUGACUGUUGGUUUGGAUGACAAGUUCGACGGGAAGGCUGUGCAGCACAGAGAACCUAUGGGUCAGGAGAGUCAACAGUUCAAGGCAUAUUUCCCAACUGGACUACGUUACUUGGAUGGCGGCAACCCAUCAGGCUUUAACCAUAUUGUCACGAAUGCCGGGUCGGAAAAGAAAAUGUAUCAAGUCAAAGGAAAAAGAAAUGUUCGCGUGCGGCAGGUAGACCCACUAUUCUCGUCCAUGAACAAGGGAGAUUGCUUCAUUCUGGAGAAAGACAAUGAUAUAUUGGUGUUUGUCGGCGAUAAAGCUAAAAAUGUGGAGAAACUGAAGGCUAUAUCCAUGGCCAACCAGAUCAGGGACGAGGAUCACCAUGGAAGAGGAAAAUCUGACAUUAUCGACAAAUUCUCAAGUGAAGUGGAUGUUCAAAAGUUUUUCACAACCCAUGGUAAGGAUCUCGUGCCAGAGGAAAGCGCUGGUGGCGACGAUCAGGCUUUUGAAAAGAACGAAGAAAACAUAGCGACGCUCUCGGAAGUGUCUGACAGCACGGGCUCUGUCAAAGUCAAAGCAUUACAGAAGCCAUACACACAGGCACAAUUAAAAUCACAGGAGACAUAUAUAUUGGAUACAGUGAGCGGCAGUAUUUACGUUUGGCUCGGAAAGCAGGCUUCACCCAAGGAAAAAACAGAAGUUAUGACAAGAGCUCAACAGUUGUUGACUUCGAAGAACUAUCCAUCAUGGGUACAAGUGGUAAAAAUUCCUCAAGGCACGGAACCAGCUAUUUUCAAGCAAUACUUCACCACUUGGCGUGAUGCUGGAAUGUCGCAUUCACGUUUAGUGCGUUCAGUCGGUCUGUAAAAAGCACGACUUUUAAUCUCGAUAUUUUAGUGCAUUUCUAUGAUUAGGGACCGGAUGAGUGCAGGUAAAACGGUAAGUAGGCGGAUUUAUAUUUAACUAAUUGCAUUGUGGUUAUUGCAGGAGAAAUCUGAAGCUAUGAAGAAAGCCGAACCGUACUUGCAGGUUAACAAUUAUCCGUCUUGGGUACACAUUUCCAAGGUGGUUGAGGGAAUAGAGCCUACGGCAUUUAAGCAAUACUUUGAAGACUGGAAUUAACUUAGGAAUACAACUAAUAUAGAAUUACACUAAAAUUA